AUGACUAAUCGAAUAGCAAGUUCGCUUAAGAGCAAUUCCUCGGCCUCUGAUUACUCAGAGUUUGAAGAGAUAUCAACAGAGUUCCAAAACCCAGGACAAAGAGCCACUCAGCUGAACCCCCUGGCAUGUCUAAAUUUAGAGUCACGCGAAACAAGAGUAGAGGUCUGUGGAAGUGUAUUCACCCUUAAACAGUUGAUAGAUGCCACUCGAAAAUUUAGUCCCCAAAUGGAGCUUUGCAGAGGCACUUCAGGAGUUCUUUACAAGGCUGAGCUACCAAAUCUGAACGUGGCAGUGGAAAAGAUGCAUCAAUAUUCGAAAGACAUUCAUGAAAUUAGAAGGAAUAUUUUAGUACGCAAGCAGUUGGAGCAUGAUAAUAUCGUUAAAUUGUUGGAUAGCUGUUCAAUAAAAAAUCUGGAUUUGCUAAUAUAUGAGUAUAUGGAGAACGGCUCUCUUAAACAAGUUUUAUUUGAAUCGUCACCAGUGGUGCUUAGUUGGGAUUUGAGGUUUAAGAUCUGCCUUGGAGUAGCAAGGGGUCUCAGGCAUCUAGAUGACGAAAUCAGCUGCUCCAGGCUUGUAAACGGGAGCAUUCAACCCAGUAACAUCAUGCUUGACGCAAAUCUCAAUGCUAAGUUAAUGGAUUUCGAUCCCAAAUGGUUUACUUCUGAUGAUGAUCCAUUUAUGAUGCUGAAGAGUUCGUCAGUCAUGUAUAUGGCACCUGAGUAUUGUGUACGUCGGGCCAAAACCGAAAAAGCUGCCGUUUAUAGUUAUGGAAUUGUCUUAUUUGAAAUAAUUAGUGGGAGGAGAUUUGCAGAAAUUAGAGAGAACGAAAUCCUAAACGAGAGACUUGUUUCAUAUGACAGAAGGCCAUUGGAACUGGUGGAUACAAGGUUGGUUUCAUAUGAUUAUAAUCAAGUCCUUCUUGUCAUGAACUUGGCAAUGAUGUGCAUCGAUUCUGCACCAUCUCGUAGGCCUACAAUGUUUGAAGUUGUAAAGGUACUUGAAGGUGAGAGAACCAUCUAUGAGGUUUCUGAUGUAGAGGUACUUGAAGGUGGGAGAACCAUCUAUGAGGUUUCUUAUGAGGAGUGA